AUGGCAGAAGAAAGUAGGGGCAAACGAAGGAAACAAGCCAACCCCAGGAGAAACCGAGUGGAUGCUGAGCAAGUGAGUUCACUGGGGUCUGAGGGGGAGGAUGAAGUUGGCCUGUGGAGCCUGGAGCCACAGGACUGUCAGGAGAGCCUGGACAAGACAAGCCUGACGCCAAGUGACGGGACGGAGGAGACGGGCAGCCCUGCUCGCUCCACGCGGCCGCACAGCCUCAGCCCCGGCUGCAGGAACUACUGGGGGCAGGUUGAGCCGGAGGCCGAGGCCAUGGAGGACGGCACCACCACAUCUGCCACUGACAGGGAGGCAGACCAGGAACCACUGCAGAUGUACUGUAAGAGCUCAGACUCCCAGAAUUCCUUGGAGGACUUGGCCCACUUUGAAUUUCUGGCCCAGUUGAGGAAGGUCUCUCCCUCAGCCAGUUUCUUGGACCAUCUGAACCACAAUGGCACGUCAGCUGUGUACCACCCGGGCAGCAGGCACGAUGAGCUGCCCCCUGCCAUCUGGUCACCAGGAGCUCAGCACCGCUCACCUGAGGGAGCAGAAGCAGGGAGGACGCAGCAGGCCUGUCCAUUCUGCCACAGGAUGUAUCAGCGAGGAGCUUCUUUGAGGGACCACAUCAAGUACUGCCAGGAGAGGGAGGGGGGCCACAUGGUCUGUCCACUCUGUGGAUACACUGCCACCCUUAGGGCACAGAUGGAGCGGCACCUGGCACAUCACAACCAGGUUCAGGACAAUAGUGCCAUCCCUUUGGAUCAAGGCAUGGAGACCAGGAAGUUCAAAUGUCUGCAGUGUGGGAAAGCGUUCAAGUACAAACACCACCUCAAAGAGCAUCUCCGCAUCCAUAGCGGUGAGAAACCUUACGAGUGUUCCAACUGCAAGAAACGUUUCUCUCACUCUGGCUCCUACAGCUCCCACUUAAGCAGCAAGAAGUGCCUGGGUGGUGGGGCAAAUGGAGGAGGAAACACAGGAGGAGCUAGCGGUGCAUUCAAUGGACAUAGCCAAGGCUCCUACCACCACUCAUUUCCAACGUCUCCCUCUGCAGGCGGGAGGAGAAACAGUAAUGACAAGGGCUCUCCCUUAGCUUCACAGAUCCAAGAUAAUACCAGGCCCCUUCGAAUACCAGAGGAUCCUCACCAGAUUUCACUGGAGGACCCCAACCACAGCCCCACAGGUUUCCACCGAGCUUCAGACCUGGCUCGGCUGUGGGACCCCUCGGCAGAGCUUUCUCUGAGGACAAAUAUACUAAAAGGAACCACCCUGCUGCCUUAUCUGCACUCUGGGAUGAAGUUUGAGCAGAUGCUGCAGGAGAUGCUUCACAGGGAGGUGAAGAAAGACGAGGAAAUGGACAGAGGGGGAAGUUCUGCAGUGGAGGAAAGGAGGGGGAUUCACAACGGCGGAGGGUCUGACACAAAGGUAUCGUCCGACAGUAGAAGAGAGACAGUGAGGUCAGGUGAAGGGGAGAAAGGUGUGCUUGGGAUGACGUGUCGCUGGUGCUCCCAGCUCUUCCCCAAUGUAGCGGUGCUCCUGCAGCAUGAGCGCUACCUCUGUAAGAUGAACCGAGAGGCAGUGGAAGUGCCUGAGGGUCUUCGCGGCAAAGACCACCCCACGUCACCUUUAUUCUUCCCCAGAUCUGCUCUACAACUGGAGCACAGCAAACCGAGUGAAGUCACCAACGGCCUCUCCGGAAACAAAUCACCAUCGCAGAAGCCCAGCUGGCACUCCGUUCCACAACAGCUUUUGGUCGCGAUGCACUCUCCUCCACGGCCCCACCAUGAUGCCCUGUCCUCACGUGCGUACUGGCCCUGCCAGGAAAAAGGAAGUCCAAGCCAACCAAUCAACCGCUCCCCGAAGCUGUCAUCACCUCGAGCCAGAAGGAGAGUUCCCUCUUCUGGAUUUGGUUCGCCGGUAUGCCUCGACCUCACCAGCUGUCCUCCUGAACUCUCUUCCCCUCAGAACCAGACAGACAGCCCUUGGUCACAGAACGAACCUUUGGACCUCUCCCUGCCCAAGCAGUUCUCAGACCAAGAGGGGAGAAACAAAACUGUAAACGGUAACUCAGCCAGAGGAGAGAGGAGAGAGCUUGGGACGCAGCGACUCAGGAGACCGAGUUCAACUUCACAUAUAGCCCUUCACCACCACCCGGUCUACAGCGGGGCUGGAGCUCCUGUGUUUCCAGGCUCCCUAUACAACGGAUUUCCUAUGUUCAAUCAAUCUGGUUUAGGGCUUUCAGGCCAUGAUGGCAUCACUGCGGUUCCGUUUAGCCAGCCAGCUAAUAGUCCCGGGUUUCUCUCUCCUAUGGCUUACAUGAUGGAAGCAGACCCAGAGGCGGCGCUGAAAAAGAUCUACCGGGACAGACAAGCUCUCAUGGGUGACGCGUUAAGCCAUGGAGCUCUGGACUACCUCUCUCUCAUAGAUGAAGGACUGGAGGGAGAAGGAGGGCCAGGGAGGAAGAGACUGAAGAAGACAGACGAGGGGCUUUAUGCUUGUGACAUUUGUGAGAAAACCUUUCAGAAGAGCAGCUCUCUGCUCCGACACAAAUACGAGCACACAGGCAAGCGUCCUCAUGAGUGCAAGAUCUGCAACAAGGCCUUCAAGCAUAAGCACCAUCUGAUUGAGCACAGCCGGCUGCACUCCGGAGAGAAACCCUACCAAUGUGACAAGUGUGGCAAACGCUUCUCUCACUCCGGCUCGUACUCCCAGCACAUGAACCACCGCUACGCUUACUGCAGCAAAGACCAGGAUCCAGACCAAGACCCCGACGAGAUGCCUCUCACCCCAGGGGCAGGCAACAACCUCGGGGGCCACCUUGCUGACGGGACCCCUCUGUCCAUGGAGGAUACCCAAACACCCCACUCGUUCCUCAGUGAUUCAAGUCUGGAUGGAGCUGCAGAGGCCCUCAAGGAGGAAGAGGCAGGAGUCAGUGAUGGUCAUGUGGAAGAGGCACGUGUGAGCUCAGGGGCAGCAGAGGAUCUGGGAGGUAGCCCCAUCCGAGAAUUACCUACAGGGGAGAAUGGAGAACAAAAUGAGAGAAAUAUUUACAAUGUGGGAAACCACAUUCGCAAUUCUGAGAGACAACUCUGGGACAGAGAUACUGAGGAGAUGAAUGGAGACUUGGACAAAUGUGAACCGAGUCUGGAUACAGAUUUACCCAGAAUAAAAAACUUUAGGUGACUUUAACAAGGCAAUACAAUGCAUAUGCUAUAUAUAUAUAAUAAGACUUUUGAUAACCUUUUUCUCUCAUAACAACUCCACUGAUUUUUGUACUCAUUUUACAACAUGAAAAAAUGCACAGAACUGCCAAAGUUAAAUGGCCUUAAAGUGGAUGAAGCCAUACAAACAAAAUAUAUGUGACAAUGCAAAUGACAGUAUUUUAUUAUGCAACAUAGACUUGAUGUACCUACAGUGUUUGAUUUGUUAUGUUUAGAUUUUUUUUAUCGUUUUUUGUUUGUUUGUUUGUUUGUUUGCCAGGACAGCUAAAAUAUUUGGGUUGACUCAUCUGAGGUCAUGUCACAUAUACAGAUGUGACACUGCAGAAAUCUCACUUAUAUGCUUGCUGCUGCUGACUAUUGCACAACCCAUAAAGCAGAGGCUUUUGUAUUUUCUACCAAUGAGUGAAUUUACAAAGCAGGUCCCAAAGGAAAUGUUUGUAUGAUCGAUUGCAGGAUGGAAAGACAUCCACUGUUACUUUAACAUGCCAUCAGUGUUAAAAGUUACACACGCAGCCAUAUCAAUCAGAAUCGCUUGAUGCUUAGUUAGUAUAUUUAUUCUUCUUAAUAAGCCAAAGUAACUUUCCCUCAACAGUAUCCUGUGGUAUUAUUUGAUGAACAUCUUUACCUCUAUUUUAAGAGAUGAACAAUAACUUGUAAAUGAAAAUAUACACAUGCAGCUAUUACUUUGUCCCAAAGCCAGUGAGGACUUGAAAAUGUAUAAAUAAAAGUUUAUUAUUCAUGCUGUGAAAUCACAAGGUACAACCAGCUCAACUCUUCAGGUUAAUUAUGGUGCUCAGUGGCUUUAACAAAUAGGCAAUCUAUAAAGUAGUUUAGAGCAAGCUGUUAAAAGAAGAAGAACCGGAAGGUGGUUGUUUAUUUAUUUUUUUAAAACAAAAAGCAGUGGACUGCACCUUUUUAACUGUAUGCCUGACUAGGGGACAGUCAUUUCUUUAUUUGUGUAUGGGAAGUUAUAAGGGGCAAAAGAUGAAGUCAGUCUUUGGGUUUUUUCAUUUUAGGGAGCAAAUAAAACUUUCUCACUGUUUGUGUAAUAAUCACUCGGAGCUGCUUUAUUUCAUUUAAUGCUAAAAUAUCUCCCAUUUCUCGUAAUAAUUUACAUGUGUUACAUGUACACCCCCAGAACAAUAAUGUGUCACUCACGUGGGCUGUCUGUUGAAGCGUGGCAAAAGGGUCAAGACUCAAGACACAUACAUCAGCUUUUUAAUUCCUCUUUUUGAGUGCAGUGUAGUCAACGUGAAAAGUGCCUCAGAUGUACUGUGAGUAAUCUGACAAAGCCUUGGUAUGACAAGAUAAGACAGUGGUGCAUGAGGUGUGACUAAGCUUGUAGCAUUCAUGCAUACCGUGCGCCAAAGAUGCUUCUGGUCAAAAUGUAUGUGUGUGUGUGUGUGUGUGUGUGUGUGUGUGUGUGUGUGUGUGUGUGUGUGUGUGUGUGUGUGUGUGUGUGUUUAUCACCAAAGAUAUGCAUAUGACACGCUAACUGCCACUCUACUCUUGCAUAGUUCCUUACCUGUUAUUUCUGGGUCAAAAAAUAGGCAAAGAAAUUGUUUACUAUCACUCAAUGUCUACAUCGAGCUGUGUUUUUUUAAUCUUUUACCUGCACCCAGCAACUCUUCUAUUAACCUUUUAUACAUAUAUUUUUUUGCAUGUUUGUGGAUAUUUGUAUAAAUAAAAUUGUACAUACCUUGUCACCAGAA